GACUUACUCACUCAGUGUGCGUUGUACAAUUUGGUUUAACGAAAGUUUAUUUAUAUAUUAAAUUAAAGUAAUUUUUUUAUUUGGAUUGAACAGUACAAAAAUUUGAUUAAAUAUAUUUUCAAAAAUUUAUACCACUUGGUAUAUAUUUUCAAUACCAUAUAAUUUUUGGACUUAUUAAAAUUCAUCUGUCUCUCACCGGUGGGUGUAAAGAAAAAACUGCAGAGAAAAACUUUAACAAAACUAAAUUAAAGUUGAGACGCACCUGCACGCUUUAGAGUAACAAUAAUGUCGAACAUGUUAGAAAACCAAUUGAUGACUGCUGCGCAGGUCAUCGAAAAACAGUUGGAUCAACAGUUAGACCGCUUGGAAAACUUGGAUUCUGAUGAUCUGAAAACAAUACGUGAGCAACGCCUAAAGGAAAUGAAACAACAAAAUCUGCAAAAGCAAGAGUGGCUCAAAAAUGGACAUGGUAUUUAUAAUGAACUUGCUGAUGAAAAAGAGUUCUUUGAAGUAUCCAAGAAAUCGCCAAACAUUGUCUGCCAUUUCUACCGCGACUCCACUGAACGCUGCCGUAUUGUUGAUAUGCAUUUAAAAACACUGGCAACCAAACAUAUUGAGGCCAAAUUCUGUAAGGUUAACGCUGAAAAAUCUCCAUUCCUAACGCAACGUUUACGCAUUAAGGUUAUACCUACAAUUGCUCUUGUUAAGGAUAGUAAAACUAAGGACUUUAUUGUUGGCUUUACCGAUUUGGGUAAUUGUGAUGAUUUUUCAACUGAAAUGCUAGAAUGGAGAAUAGCACAAUCAGGUGCAAUUGAGUACAAAGGUGAUUUAUUGACACCACCAGAUCAAAAGAAGAAAACAUAUAUCAAUCGUCCUACAAAAACAAUACGCAGUGGUUAUGAUUCUGAUGAUUCAGAUAUCGAUUUCGAUGAUUAACAUCGAAGCCACAAAACUGGUUAGGUAACACCUUCACCUCACCGUUGUGUCUUUAAUUUAAAAGUUUUUAAAACUCAUUUAGUUGUAAUUAAAAUUCCCUGCAGCAGGCACAAGGUGUGAAAUGCAUUUUAUUUAUUGUAUUAAAGUAUUCACAAAUAUUUAUGUAAGGCACAAAUGCACCCACAAAAGACAGAACAGGCAUUAUUUUAAAUCACAAAAUUAUUUUAUCUCCUAAUUUAUGUUAAGAUUUCAUAUUUUUGUAUCACAAAAAAAAAAAAAUUGUUAGUUUGCAUAGGGAACGCAUCAUGCAUUUAUUAGGCGCGGUAUUAUUUUCCGUAAUGUUAUGCACUUUACAAAUAAAACAUGCAAAUUAAAUAAAAUA